AUGGCUGCCGAGACAUCGACCAAGGAACAAUUCAUACAAUUUUAUGGGCCUGUUGACAUUCCUAAUUAUCAAUAUCGAGAAUUUCGCGUUAGAGAAGCUAAUCUUGCCAACAAAUCAAAAAAUGGAGCCACAUCAAAAGACAUCACUGACGGAUUACGACAUAUUACUGAUAAACAUAAUCAAAGAAUAUCUGAUCUCAAAAAACAAAUACGGGAAAUAGAGAAGAUAAAUUCGAGCUGGAAGUCACUCGAAAAAGUGACUGAAAGAGAUGUAAAAAGUUUGCUCAUCAAAGUUCUAGAAACUGACGACAAAAGUAUCGAACAAUUCGAGAUCGACAAUUUUUGCGCCGAUCAUGAUUGGAUGUCGACAAAGAAGGCAAAAGAUGGAAUCACGUUGAAAACUUUGCUAUCAUCCAUCAAUAAAAUUGAUGAGUAUGGUAACCAACUAACAAGUGAAGAUGAUGAAGAAGAUAACGGAAUGAAGAAUAUAACAGAAAAAACUUGCAAAGAAGAUACUUUGCCGGCGCAUUCAGAAUCGGAUGAUAGUGUAAAUGAAACAACGGUAGUCAAUGUAGCAUUCGAGAAAAAACCGAAUGGCGUAGAAGUUAUUCAUCACUCUGAAAUUGAGAAGAGUGACCGCGUAGAAAACUCAAGUAUUACUUCCCAAAGAAAUCUGCUAAGCAUACAACCUGAAGAAAUGAUCCAACUUCCGGUUGAAAAACUAGACCAAAAAUCUGAGAAUGCAGAAGAAACUGUUGACACAUCAAGUCAAAGUGAAGAAAAUUCUGGUAAAGACAGCGACACGGAGAACGACGAGACAGAAAACGAAACAGACAGCGAGAUAGAGAACGAGAUUGAAAAUGAAAACUCUCAUAAAGAAAGACGGGAUUCUAGCACUUUAGGAAAGAAAGACGACAUUUUUAAACCAUUCUAUAUCAAUUUCCCGGAUGAUAAGGAAGGAUUUUCUAUUUUGGAUAAGAAAAGUAUCGAUACUUUCAAGUCAAUAACUCAAAAAUUAUCCGAAGAUUAUGAAAUGAAUAAUCGAGCUGUGCUUGAUGUUGAAGCAGAAACUGCAGAAGAAAAAGAGAAGGAAAAAGAGAAAAAAUUGGUCAUUUCGGUUCUAAUUGCUGAAUUGACAAAAAUGCUAGCAAUUCAUCAAAACAAUGUUGCAUUCGACAUAGACAAGAUUAGAGCGCUCAAUGUCAUGAACACGGCCGCUAAGAGGACACUGGAAACAGUCCAUGAAGAAAAUCCAGAAGAAGCUGCUUUGAACAAUUCAGAGAAUGGAAUUAAGAGGAAUAGCAAUGGUGUUUAUUCGAAUGGUGAUAACAUCGCUUCACUAGUGAAAACGGACAAUAGUGAGGAUGAGAGAAGCGAUGAAGAGGGAGAUGAAGAUGAUGAAUGUUUCGAGACUGCACGAUCGGAAGAGUCAUUUGAAACUACCAACACUUCGACUACCGCAGAUUCUGAAACACAGGAUCGAAAUCACUCUCCAAAACCGGUACUUGCUAACAAAAGCCGUGCUGUUGCUCCUCAUGCUAAUCGCAAAAAACGGUCCAAGAAAGGCAAAAAGGGCAAGAAACCUAAAACCGGACCAAAAAUGACAGUAGAAGAAAUUGAGGCAAUAAAGAAGAAGAAAAAAGAAGAAAAAGAUAGAGAGUUUGAAAAAAAGGACUCCGAGAGAAAAUGCCAUCUGGAGAAGGUAGAUACAAGUGAUCGGCACAAAUUAUUCAGAAAAGUUGUUAAAACGGCUCUGCUGAUUAUCAAAACAGAUGGCUUGGAACUGCCUAAGGAAAUCAAACAACUGGAUAAUGAUCUUGAAAUUUACGUAGACAAAACUAAUGACAUGGAAAGGACAACCUUGAGAGAUCAGUACUUUGAAACAAGAACCGUGGAGUGUACUACUAUGUACGUCGGAGCAGAGCUUAUGGCCAAAAUGGACCUGUUGUCUGCUCAUCAGGACCUUAUAUACAAAAGUAUACGUCUGUUCCAAUAUUUCAUGUACUUGGGUAGUCUCGAUGAGACCUCUGAAGAAUUUUGUGAAUUCGAAUUAGCGAUGCUCAAAUACUUUUUUGCGGGUUAUGAACAGAACACGGUUCCCACCUCCGAAAGUACUGAUUUGGAGAAAAACUUCUUCACUUUUGUUUGUGAGGUGCUUCCUGGAAUUCCAGAGACAGAUCAAUUUGUCAAUACGGUCAGAUUUGUGAGAAACAAACUUCUCGUGUUCUCAGACAUGGCAGCAACUAUCAACAUUACUUCUGACGAGAAAAUUUUAAGAGAAGGGUACAUGGCUAUCGGACAACUUUUGAAACAAUACAAAAUUUCAACUGAUCUUGCUGCGUUCUUGUACACAUUCAGAGAAAACACUUCUUACGCGUUAAUGGAGGCUUGGUUCUUGGAAUCAAGACGACCGGUUCCAUUCCAAUACGAUGUAUAA